GCAGGCCGAGGCUGGAAGAUGACGCAGGAGACCAAUCAGAGCCAAGUGCCGAUGUUGUGUCCGACGGGAUGCGGUUUCUAUGGGAACCCCCGCACCAACGGCAUGUGUUCUGUCUGCUAUAAGGAGUACCUGCAGAGACAGAACAGCAGCGAGCGAGUCACCCCGACGGGAACCACAGCGGCCAGCACGCCGACAGAACCAUCCGUCCCUCAGAGCCUGGAGGCCUGUCCGCAGGACCCCUUGCCCGUCUCAGUCUCUGCCAACUCCUCGCCGGUACCGGGCGUCUUGGAGAGCGCCAGCCCAGCCUUGCAGGCGGUCUCCUUGGAAGCUGCAGAGUCACCAAAGGAAGAGUCAUUGGAAGCUUCGUCAUCAGCAGCCGACGAUCCACAGGGAUCCCAAGAUGAUCCGGAAAAAUCCCCGGAGAAGAACAAAAAACGGAAUCGGUGUUUCUUGUGCAAGAAGAAGGUUGGCCUGACGGGGUUUGAAUGUCGCUGUGGGAACCUGUACUGCUCUGUUCACCGAUACUCGGACAUGCACAAUUGCUGCUUUGAUUACAAAGCUGAUGCUGCUGAGAAACUACGCAAGGAGAACCCCAUGGUGGUGGGUGAGAAGCUGCAGAAGAUAUAGAGACCAGACCGGGAUCCCCAAAUAAACACCGUUUCUGCAUGACUCAAAACAUUAUCUACUUCAUUUUCUCUUUUGGUUUCCCCCCCCUUUUCGUUUUGAUUUCUCUCUCCCUGGAUUUAGUCGGUUUAUCUCUUGCUUUCUGUAAGUUGAGUGUGCGCGUGCGUGCGUGUGUUUUAAACAUUUCAGAUCGUGGUGGAGCACAGAGGGGAGCACGUUGCUGCUGGCCCAUCUCUGUUAGCCUCUGCCGGUUUUGCCAAUUGUGCUUUUCAAAGUCCCUUUUGCAAAUUGAAUAAUCAAUCACCACAAUCUCUCUUUCUUCCAGCCCCACACUCCCUCCACGGCUACUGUCUCCAAUUAUAGUUAGCACGGAGGCCUCUCACCCUGUCCGCUAUCUCUCUCUCUCUGUCCCGUCUCCCCCACUUUCAGGUAACCUCCAAAUGCCUCCCAGCUGGAAAAACUCAGCAGGUCUGACAGAUAGAGAGCGAGUCAGAGUCCGCGGCUGGAAGUUGAGGGGAGAGGCUGGAAGGACGACGAACCAGCGCUUGACAUUCGAGCCGAAACCCAGAAAAUUGCUGAGGGAACUCAACAGGUCAGGUGCAGGGAGAGAGAGAGAGAGAGAGAGAAAGGAAAACUGCCUUGCCUACUCGGUUUCUGUAAUUUCUAUUUCAGAGAUGAGACGCAAACCCGGUUUCUCUGUCGCUUGCUCGCUCUCUCUCUCGCACGCGCAGACCUGCUGAAUUUCUCCAGCAAUUUCUGUUUUGGACAUGAGACACGAACCCUGUUUCUUUUUUUCUGUCUCUCUCUGUCUCUCUCUCUCUCCCCCUCUUCUCUCUCUCUCUGUCUGUCUGUCUCUGUCUCUCUCUCUCUCUCUCUCUCUCUCUCUCUCUGUCCGUCUCUGUCUCUCUCUCUCCCUCUUCUCUCUCUCUCUCUCUCUCUCUCUCCCCCCCUUCCCUCUCUCUUUCACUCUCCCUCUUUUCUCUUUCUCUCUCUCUUUCUCUCUCUCCCUCUUCUCUCUCUCUCUUUUGCAUGGAUGCUGUCAGACCUGCUGAGUUUCUCCAGCCUCCUCUCGACCACCCGCGAAGGGGAGUCAUUGUUGAAGGACUCUCGAAGGCAGGGGGUAAGAGCGAGAGGGGAUUAAAUGAUGGGACGUGUGUCGCUGGGCUGGGGUGGGGAAAUCCUCCCUUCCCUCGAAUGGAGGAAUCGAGGUCAGAGUAUAAACUGGGAGACCCCCGUGCAGCAAGAGAGAUACGGACGGGGCCCAUCGUUCCCUGCUGUGAUGUCAGGCCCGGUUCCUGCGGUGAGGUGUGUGUGUGUGUGUGUGCGUGUGUGUGUGUGCGCGCGUGCGUGUGUGUGUGCGCGCACCUAGCGGGGUCGUGAGCGAUUGAAAUAAAAUUUGAGAUGGAUUUA